GUGACAAAAGUCUCCGUCCAGAUUGCCCCCAGCCAUCCUGCCCAUCCAGGCUGCCAGGCCAUCUCGCUAAACCGCUAAACCAAUAACCUUAACUGCGAUUUGCCGGUUACGGACUCUAAGCUCCUUAUCCGCAGAAAAGUUUCAAGACUUGAAACGGCCCCCAAAUUGACUUCACAACCUAUCGCAUUUGCUAGAGCCUCACAAGUACACUGUCGGCUUGGAAGAUGUACAGUAUGGAUUUCAGUAAUAGAGACAGUAGCACGUUCGCUAUGUCAACAAAGGCCCCUUUGUCGAGUAAGGUUCUCGAACGCCCUUACAGAAGAAUAUCGAAGUCGCACGGCAGCGGCGUCGAAAUGCCCCAAACCCCAUGUGCUCCCAUUCUCUUUUCUUUUCUUUUCUUGAUGGUUGAAAAGUACUCGAACUACCGCAAAGCUCAAUUAAUUUUGCCGCUCGCCAAACUCGCUAACGGCUCACUAAAACGUGUAAACUCGGAGCGAAGGACCCUUGCGGAGAUCUGCGAACGCCGGAUCCGGGGAAAUAAGCCCAGAACGGUCUACUUACUUCCCUCCUCAGAUUUGAUGGCUAUUGGUGGUUACUGUUUUGGUUCCUGGAUUUAUGUCUCGCAUUGUAGAUUUUUGAUUUGUUGUCCGCGUCUGUCCGCGUCUCCAAGUUUAGAACGAACCAUGUAUCGUAAUGGUUGUAUAUUAGAUGUAGUAUAGCGACAGUAUAGCACUUUUUCUCGGGCUUACUCUGUGGCUAGUACAGGUCUGUAUACUAUGUAUAAUCGACAGUGCCCUCCGUCAGAACGUCAGAAUAGAGAUGAA